ACACAAUAAAGUUUAUGGGCAGCACUGGUCAUGGUUCAAGUGUAAAUCGUAUGCCAUUUGUUUACUUAAUUUAAAGUUGGCUCAAUAUUGUUUGGAAUCGCGAUUGGUCGGCAAAAAAGCUGCGCCUAGAUGACAAAAAUGGAUGCAACGCAACACAAGCUGCUACAGCCCGUGAAGGCGACGAAUCCCUUGGUGUAUUUAGAUAUCACCAUUGGCCAGGAAAGCGCGGGACGCAUGAUAAUUGAACUGCGCAAGGAUGUUGUGCCAAAGACAGCGGAAAAUUUCCGUGCUCUGUGCACAGGAGAACGUGGCAUCGGGCAGUUAGGGCAACCACUGCACUACAAGGGCACACGCUUCCACACCAUCAAGCGAGUAUUUGCCGUCCAAGGCGGCGAUCUGGUACACAAUGAUGGCACCAGCGGCGAGAGCAUCUAUGGACCACUCUUCGAGGACGAGAACUUUGAACUGACGCACAAUGACGAAGGCGUCGUCAGCAUGGCCAACUAUGGCAAGCCACACACCAACAACUCACAGUUCUUCAUCACAGCCGUUGGCUGCGAGAACCUCAAUGGCACCAAUGUCGUUGUGGGUCGUGUGCUACGUGGUCUCGGUAUUGUGGCUGAAAUGGAGCAGAACUGCACGGAUGAUGCACAUCCCACGGUGGACAUUAUGAUCAGCGACUGUGGCGAACUAGCACCAGACACGGAUUGGGGAGUAGACUGCAAUGAUGAGACAACAGACAAACUGCCACCAUAUCCACAAGAUUGGACGGGCAAAUUCAACAAGCCAACUUCCGACGCUACAGUUCAGCUGCUCACGGGCUUGCGGCAAUCGGGUAAUCACUUCUUUCAGCUUGGCAGAUAUCAUGAAGCACGUGCCAAAUACCGCAAGGCGAAUCGUUACUACACAAUGCUGCGCAAGAACUUCGACUGGCAGCAACUCAAAGGCUGCCCUGAUGACACGGAUCUACGUAAGCUCGACGACUUCUCAGUGGUGAACAACAUCAACAUGGCUGCCGUGGAGCUGAAACUAGAGAAUUAUCAGUAUGCCAAAUACGAAUGCUCAGAGGCUAUACGUCUGGAUCCCAAUUGCAGCAAGGCGUUCUAUAGACGCGGCCAAGCGCAAAGUGCCAUGCGAAACUAUGAAGAGGCUAUCAAGGACCUGAAGCAUGCCCACAAAUUGCUACCGGAGAACAAACAGAUCCUGAACGAACUGAACAGUGCCAAGCAGCUGUUGGCCGAAUACAAUAAACAGCAACGAAAAGCGCUCAAGAAACUGUUCAAUUAGUUAGGGGACAUUUUUUGAAUAUUUUGUACAAGUUGAAAAUUUUGCUCUACUUUUAGUGUAAGCUGUCCAUGUGUUCAAUGUGGAUCGAAAUGACAUCAAUACUUUAUAAUUAAAUGUUUUUAUUUUAUACAAAAAAACAUACGAUAUUGCAAAUUGUUCCAUUGGGUUUCGCCACAAAAACUAAUUGCCAUAGCUGUUAUAUGUAUUUAUCGUAUAUGUAAGUAUAUUAUGUAAUUGUAUCGUAUUCGUACCCUAAAAAACACAUUUGUUCACAAUAAUGAUUUAUCAACUCUCUCUCUCAACUGAAUGAUAGUGGGAUAGUAGUGCCUAUAUAAUAAUGCUGCUUAAAUACUAACAACUAUUUAUUUGAUUAGAUAGCAUAUCAAAAUGAGCUUAAUCCUGCACUAAGUUUAGCCAUAUGUAGAAGUUCCAUUUGUUUUAGAUUUAAAGAUUUGUCACAAUAUCCUGUUCGCUGCGAUGCAAAUUAUUUGAUCCGGCGCCCAUGUGAUAGGCCUUCAUGUUGAUUUCCAUGUUGGUCAAGGCGCUGGACACGUGAUACAA